AUGUCCUUUGAGUUCCAUGUCGAGUCUUAUCUGUCUAGCAAGCAGCUGAAUAACCAGUCUGUUUCCUUGGUGAUUCCCAGACUCGCCAGAGAUCGAAUCCACAAUGUUAUGUACUACAAAGUGAAUCUGCAUCCAGUGGCUAUGAGAGGAGACACCCUCAAGCAAUUGAUCAACAUCAUAGUGCGAGAUUUCGGUACUUUGAAGGAUCAAUCCGUGAAUGCAACGCAUGUUCUUGGCGGUUUUGAGUUCAAGUGCAUAUUGAUGAAGCUUGUGGAAUUGAGACCAACCUGGGAUCAACUGCAGGUUCUGUUGCAAGAGGGAGAAUCGGGCUUCAGUAACAAAUAUAUAGUAGCGCUCGUUUUGACCUACUUGAGAAUCCAGUAUUACUAUUUGCAGGAUGAAAGUGACCUGGCGAAGAGCAUUGUCGGCAUCUUUAAGAUGUACAUCUGUGAUUAUAGAAAGAUGAAGAGCGUAGCGCUAGACAUGGAUUGUUGGUCCCCAUCACAAAGCGUCAGCGUGUGUAUCGUUCACACGGAUGAGCUUGUCGACUGGCUGGUCACCAGAGAUGAGGUCUGGGGAUUCCCGCUAGGCAAGUGCCAGUGGUGCCAGGGCCUGGACCGAGACAGCAGCAGCAGCGGAGAAUCAAGCAGCGAAAGCGACGAAGAAGACUAA